AUGGCGCCAAGCACAGUCAUCGCGUCCCUGUCGCUCCUUGCCACUCUAGUGCAAGGAUAUGCCAAUCCAGGAAGCUGCACAGGGGCUUGUAUCGUCCACGACCCGACCGUGAUUCAGAGAAACUCGGACGGCAAAUAUUUUCGUUUCUCGACUGGAAACAAAAUCUCGUAUGCCAGCUCGUCGUCGAUCAAUGGCCCUUGGACCAAUCUAGGAUCGAUGCUGCCGGCCGGUUCCUCGAUCAAUCUUGCCGGCAACAAAGAUCUUUGGGCUCCUGACGCACAUUUUAUCAAUGGUGCUUACCAUGUCUACUAUUCAGUGUCGACAUUUGGAUCGCAGAAUUCAGCAAUUGGUCUCGCAAAAUCGGUGACAAUGGAGCCUGGCUCCCGGGUUGACCUCGGUAGCACAGGGAUCUCUUCGUCUGCGUCUAAAAAUUACAAUGCCAUCGACGCAAACCUGAUAAAUGCAGGUGGAGCUUACUACAUGAACUUUGGCUCUUUCUGGAGCGAUAUCUUCCAGGCACCAUUGGAUUCAUCCGCAACCAAAGUGGCCUCUUCUUCCCACAAUAUUGCAUUCAAACCGGCCGGAACGCACGCGGUGGAAGGAGCCUACAUGUACCAACACGGUAAUUUCUACUACCUGUUCUACUCCAUGGGCAUCUGCUGCAACUACGACAAAUCCAGACCACCGGCGGGCGCGGAGUAUAAAAUCAUGGUCUGUCGAUCAACCUCGCCAACUGGCGGCUUUGUGGAUAAGAACGGCGUGGCCUGCACCAACGGCGGUGGCAGUGUUGUUUUGGAAAGCCACGGACAUGUUUACGGUCCAGGUGGACAGGGAAUCUUUACUGAUUCUAGCCUCGGACCUGUUCUUUACUAUCACUAUGUCGAUACUACGGUUGGAUUUGCGGAUGGCCAGAAGCGGUUCGGCUGGAACAAGAUUGAUUUCUCUUCGGGGUGGCCAGUGGUUUGA